GAAGCAGCUCGGGGUCUCUCCGCCGCCCCUUGGCCAUGGCCGCGGUGCCGACGGCGCCCGCUCCCCUGCGCUCCCGGGGCCCCCGCCGCUGCCGCCGCAGCCGCCGCAGCAGCCUCUGAGCCCAACUGGCCGCCGCCUUCGCCGCCCGCCCGGAUCCCGCCCGCGGCCGCAGCGGCCGCGCACCAUGCUACCUGCGGCCGCCGGGGCGGCUCCUUGGAACCCUUGCUCGCGGCGAUGACAGCCACCCCAGAGAAGCCGCGGCAGCUCAGUCCUCGGACAAUUUGAAAGUACAAUAGUUGGUUCCCUGUCCACUCGCCCCGCUCCGCUUGCCACCACAGCACGCCUGUCGGAUCUGAGUGGAGAAGCCCGCUGCUUGGCUUCCGUGCUGCCUGUCUCGCUCUAUAGACGCCUGACAUAUAGGGUUUAAGACAUUAACUGUAAUUAGCAAUCAAAAGAAAAAGGAGAAAAGGAAGGGAACCAUCACUGGGUUACUAUGCACUUGCGACUGAUUCCUUGGUUUUUUAUCAUGUUGAACUUUAUGGAAUACAUCGGCAGCCAAAACGCCUCCCGGGGAAGGCGCCAGCGAAGAAUGCAUCCUAAUGUCAGUCAAGGCUGCCAAGGAGGCUGUGCAACGUGUUCAGAUUACAAUGGAUGUUUGUCAUGUAAGCCCAGACUAUUUUUUGUUCUGGAAAGAAUUGGCAUGAAGCAGAUUGGAGUGUGUCUCUCUUCAUGUCCAAGUGGAUAUUAUGGAACUCGAUAUCCAGAUAUAAAUAAGUGUACAAAAUGCAAAGCUGACUGUGAUACUUGUUUCAACAAAAAUUUCUGCACAAAAUGUAAAAGUGGAUUUUACUUACACCUUGGAAAGUGCCUUGACAAUUGUCCAGAGGGGUUGGAAACUAACAACCACACCAUGGAGUGCGUCAGUAUAGUGCACUGUGAGGCCAGUGAAUGGAGCACUUGGAGUCCAUGCACGAAGAAAGGAAAAACUUGUGGCUUCAAAAGAGGGACUGAAACACGGGUCCGGGAAAUAAUCCAGCACCCUUCAGCGAAGGGCAACCUGUGUCCCCCGACAAGUGAGACAAGAAAGUGUACAGUGCAAAGAAAGAAGUGUCAAAAGGGAGAACGAGGAAAAAAAGGAAGAGAGAGGAAAAGAAAAAAGCUUAAUAAAGAAGAAAAUAAGGAAGCAAUACCUGACAAUAAAAGUCUGGAAUCCAGCAGAGAAACUCCAGAACAGCGAGAACACAAAGACAAACAGCAGCAGAAGAAGCGAAAAGUCCAAGACAAACAACAGAAAUCGUCUGUGGAUCUCUUUUGGGGAUUGAAGUCACCCUAGCUGAAGCCCUACCUGUGUUUCACAGAGGACACAGCCAGUCCAGUACAGAAGGAGGCAUCCCUGAAUGUGCAGUGUGCGAUCUCGUGACCCACCAUAACCUUCCUGUUGCAAUGGAAGGAUACACAGCUGCUCUGUCCACCAGGCCUCCUAGUCCUGUCAAGAUCACUGCUUGCUGAAGAACUUGCAAUGAAUCCGACUUCUCACUGCCUGGCUCUGGGCACUCUCUCUGCCAACUGUACUGUUCAUGUGGACUGCUUGGCUUAAUUGGGUUUCCAUCUCUCUUUUCCUCUCCCAAGAUAUAAAAAUUUAUCAUGAUGUAUUUGUGUUUCUUACUCUAGUGUUUCUUUACUUGUCCACAUGGGAUGAACAUUUCAACUACAACUAUUCCCAAAAUAUAAAAUAAUGCUAUCUUCAACUAAAACAUAUGCUACCAAGGAGAAACCAAUCUUAUCCAACAGAAUUAUGUGAAGCAGAAGUAAGGUCCCAUGGUUUAGAACUUUCAAAUGAUUCCACACACCAUCUUUGUCCUCAGUGUUAUCUAAUCAAGUAUAAAUAACAAAAUUAUGUUUGCAUAUCUUUCUAACAUUUUCUUUAUUCCUUCAACAAGCACUUACCAGGAAGUUCUACACCUGCAUGUACAAUGCUGGAAAUGAGAUAAACAAACAAGGACAGGGUGGGCAUUGUGGCACAGUGAGUUAAGCUGCUGCUUCGGAUGCCCUGUCUCCGGAUUAGAGCUGGGGCAACUCCACUUGUGAACCACCUUCCUGCUCAUGCCUCUUAUGAGGCAUCAGAUGAUGGGUCAGUGUUUGACACCCUGCCACUCAGAUGGAGUUCUGGACUCUUGCUUUCAGACUAGUCCAGCUCUGGCUGUUGCCAGCAUUUGAGGAAUGAACCAGUAGAUGGAAGAUUCUCUCUCUCUCUCUCUCUCUCUCUCUCUCUCUCUUUUCUCUCUUCUCUCUUCUCUCUUUCUCUUUAACUGAAUCAACUUGCAUACUGUUGUCUAUCUAUAGUUUUUAGAAUCCCUUCCUAAUUCUUUCUGAACAGCCAUCACCCGCAUUUUCUCCACUCCUCCCUGAUCUUCUUACAAGAGUGCAUCUGACAAGGAAAUGUGGCCAAUUUGUUUUCUCUCUUUCUCCCUCUCUCUAUCUCUUUUUUUCUCUCUAUCUGUAUGUGUGUGUGUUUCAAGUAGAUGAAAAUAAACAUUUUUUAAAAAACAGGGACACAACAAUGGUGACAAUUAACUCUGUCUUCCCAUAUGGUCCUCCACACAAUGGCAAAAGAUUACAAUACUUAAUACAAAACUUAAAUAACUUAAAUAAAGGUAGAAUUAUUAAAAGGAAAAAGAAAUGAAAACUAACAUUAGUCUUCAUGCAUCAGGUAAAAUGUAAAUGGAAACAAAGAUAACAUCUUUUUUUAAAUAAAAGACUUGAGAAUAGAACCACCAUGUAUAGGGAAAAGCGCAGAAAAAUUCAAUUUAUACUGAACUGAAAGUCACAAUAAUCAUUUGCAAUUGCUUUACAGUUUCUUAAAGAACUCCCCUCAGUUUGCUUAAUAUUCUUGCUAAUUUUUCAGCUAAAUCAGCAUCAAUUUUUCAAAAAAUUAAGAACACCAAGGAAGGGACUUGCUUUAAAGAUAACAAAGGUGACAUUAAGAAUCUCCUUCUAACAGGACGAACACUACCUAAAAAUUGCAUAAGAGUACCUAUUCAGUCUGGUGUAAUAGUCUACAUAUUUGAGAUACAAUGUGGGAUGACUCAGAACACUGAUAUAGAUGGUCCAGUAUGAAGAGAGGGAAACAAAUUUUCCAUAUUUCCUUGUCAGAUGCACUCUUGUAAGAUCAGGGAGGAGCCGAGAAAAUACAGGUGGCUGUUUAGGAAGAAUCAGGAAGGAAUUCUAAACACUAUAUUUAGACAACAGUGUGCAAGUUGAUGCAAUUAAAGAGAAAACAGGCAACUUUUAAAAUAUAUAGCUGGCCACAGGUCUUUGAGAAUUCAAGAAGACAAUCAACAGUAGACAAGAUCCAAAAGUUGCCUCAGGCAAAGUUUAGGACCUAGGCAUUCUUCCUAAUGGCUCUGAACAGGCAAAAAGCAUGAAAGUAGUUCUGUUUUUUUAAAAAAAAAAAAAAAAGACAAAGAUUUUCUGCUUCUCCAUAUCAAUUACCUUCAAAGUUUCAGGGAAAAAUAAGAAGCAAAACAAAAACAAAAAACCACUGAUGGUAAAGAGAAGACUUCUACCCACAUUCUGACUUUGGAAAAUACUACUUUUAUCAUUUUCCCUUUUAUGAACAAUCUUGGGGCAUUCCUGAAAAAUAGGGGUCCAGUGGCUAUGAGAACUCUUAACUUCAAGUAAUUUUCAAA